AUGCAAAACCCAUCUUUGAAACCAUCACUCAUCCCCAAAGUCGGCUACCAGAAAAUUUUGAAAUGCUGCGAAGUUGCGGCAUCGUUCGGCUUCGAGUAUGUCUGGAUCGACACUUGCUGCAUCGAUAAGAAGAACCAUGUCGAGCUAACAGAGGCUAUCAAUUCGAUGUUCAAUUAUUAUCUAGAUGCGCAGGUGUGCUAUGCGUAUCUUGUAGAUGUUCCAAGUGAUGAGGAUCCGGCGGCUCAACGGUCGAAGUUUUGCGCGAGCGAGUGGUUCAAGCGUGGUUGGACGUUGCAGGAACUUAUUGCUCCGGAGAUUGUCGUCUUCUAUGGAAACGAUUGGAAAGAGAUUGGAACGAAGUCGAGUUUAAAGACAGCAAUCUUUCGUGCGACGUCUAUCCCUCAGACGGCUCUUCAGGGGAAUCGAGACCUGAGGGCGGAUUUCAGCAUCGCACAAAAGAUGGCGUGGGCUUCAAGCCGUAGAACUGAGCGAACGGAAGACAUGGCGUAUUGCCUGAUGGGUCUUUUUGGGGUCAAUAUGCCAAUGAUCUAUGGUGAAGGAUGUAUGGCUUUCAAGAGACUACAGCUGGAAAUACUGAAGACCUCUGGCGACCAUUCGAUUCUGGCGUGGAAACAUUGGACUCUAAAUGCCACCGAUAUCUGGCACGAGAGUCAGGCAUUGGCUAAUACUCCUGGAAUGUUUUCAUCUGCCCACAAUAUACUCCGGGGUUCCUCGGCUGACCAGUCAGAGUCUUCGAUGACUAACAUUGGUUUGAAAAUGAAACUUCAUCUGAUUCCCUCAAACGGCACUUUCUUGGCGGUGCUGAACUGUCGAAUGAAAGUAUCACGUCGCUGGAGUCCGGUCGGGAUCUAUCUCAGACGGUUGCCAAACACUCGAACGUAUGUACGUGUCCGGCCGAAUAUGAUUGAACCUGUCAACAUGGAGUUGGUUACCGGAGAGCCCGAGGUAGUAUACAUUCAACAGCCAGAACGCCUCCAUCUCUACCACGGCAGAAGAUGGCCCCUGUCCAGUGAAAUUAUGUUUGUCUUCCAGAGAAGAAUUCAAUCACAGGUCCAUAGUAUUCAGGAAGAGGUUUUCUACGAUGUCCUUGUUGAUCUAGGACCUGAAGACCUCAGUCACAUGAUCGAGGGAGAGGAGGGUUAUUGGAAAAUCGGAAAUCGGCAGCGACCUCCCUGGUUUGAUCGUUGGAAGGGAUUCCUUGAAAGUGGGGAUGAGUUACGUGUUGCUAUCAGACCAGCACUAGUCAACGGACUUACCGCCGAACUUGUUGAAGUUUCUAUAGAUGCUGACUUUGAGCUUGUCAAGAUCUUGGAACUGGAAUUGUUCCCUUGGAGUCGCGAGGACUGGUCAUCAGACGUAUCUUAG